AUCAACUUUUUUACUCCAAUCGAUCGUCAGUGAUGGCAGCCACAGUCGCCACUUUUAUCGUUACGAUUACAUUACUACUCGCUGCUCCAUUAACUCACCAGCAUGAGGUUCUGCCGUUUGGUUACAGUGGAUCAAUAGGUCCGGACAAGUGGGGGAGCUUGAAUCCAUAUUUCAGUGCAUGUGACACCGGAAAGCUUCAAUCUCCGGUGAACAUUGUGAAGGAGAAUAUGGUCGAGAAUCUCAAGUUGCCACCUUUGACCAAUGAUUACAGAAAAAGCAACUCUACUUUGAUUAAUUAUGGCUUCAAUAUUGGGAUGCAAUAUGAAAGCAACGCAGGAGUGUUGAUUCAAGAUGGCAAGAACUACACCUUGAAGCAAAUGGAUUGGCAUUCGCCUUCAGAACACACAAUUAAUAGUGUCCGGUAUCCUUUGGAGCUCCAACUAGUCCACGUCGCCGACGACGGCAAGAUCUCCGUGGUAGCAAUCCUCUACAAUUAUGGCUACCCUGAUCCUCUUCUCUUUCAGUUGACGAGAGGGAUUAAAAAAUUGGCCAACGAGAUAUGUAGAGAGGAUGAAGAAGUUCACAUCCCUGUCGCUGCCAUGCGAACCAAGUACUUGAGGCACAAUAGUUUCAAGUACUAUAGAUACGUUGGCUCUCUCACCACUCCUCCAUGCACUGAGAAUGUUACUUGGAGCAUCCUUGGCAAGGUGAGAAAUGUUGCCAAGGAGCAGAUUGAUGCUUUGAGAGCUCCAUUGGAUGGAUCAUGCAAAAGCAACGCAAGGCAUGUGCAACCUCUUAAUGGACGCACAAUUGAAUUCUACGAUGUGAGUGCGCAAUCUAAGUUUUAAAAAUACCUACCUCUUCCCCUUUAUAUUGUAGUUGAAAAACCAAGUUUUCUCACUUGACUCACCUUUCAAAAAUAGUUGCUAUCUCAGCCCAAUCAAACCUAGUUUGGGAAGUCACGUUUUUCUUAUUUUACAUACAAUAACUAUAUAUAAAUAAAUAAAAAGUUAAAAAUAUAGGAAAACACAUCAAUGAAUCUUUUGUUCUAAAAAAAAAAAAAAAAAAUUGGUAGAAAUUUCUUGAAGCUUUUGUUGUAUAUGCUUGAAUUUAUCAUUCAUCUAUAUUCUUUUAGGUUAUAUGUAUAAAAUGGUUCGUCAAUUGGAAAACAUAAAUGGAAUCCUCCUCUUCACCCCCAAAAAAGGGCAAGGGUUCAUUCUGAUUGAUUAACUAGACAUGUAUUAUUCUUCUUGUGAUACAAAUUCUAGA